AUGUCUACGACUGUAGAAGGCUCACCUUCCUACAGUAUUGAAACCUUCACACAAAGCGAUCUCCUCAAGCAGCCCUUUCUGCAAGAGCUCCAGGACGUCAUCAACGCCAGCUACUACGAUACCGGCGCCAGUUCUUACAAAAAGAGCGGACUUCGACUCAAAAGCGACACCCAGCUCGCUGACGAGCUCCAGGAAACCGGCUUCACGGCGAUUGCAUUCGCUCAAAAUUCCAUCAUCGGUACUGCGAGCUUGAAGAUCAGCUCGCCAGAUCCCGAAGACGUGUGGAAGUUCCCGGGCUAUUCUGAACAAUUCACUGCGGAUGAGAUCUUCUCCGCGAGCUCUGCGGUGCUGGAUAGUUCUGGCGAUAAACACCGGGAUGCGCAUUGGAAGGGCGGGUUCGAGCUUGUAGCCGUUGCGAUCAAGCCGGAUCCUCGAUAUAGGAGGAAAGGCAUUGCGGAAUGCUUAAUCAGGGCUUGUGAAGAGGAGCUGAAGAGGAGAAUGACUCUUGUGGGGCAUAUUGAAUUGUCUCGCUUGUGCAUUACGCUCAGAUCUAUUCGCGAGAUCCAGGGUGCUUAUUGGCUGAAAAGGGGGUUUCGCGUCGUGGGGGAACAAUAUUAUCCUCCUUUUACCUGGGGUUACAAUCAAGGGUUUGUUCUUUGGGCUAUGGAAAGACAGUUAUCUGUUUAG